UUAAAUAGAGAGGAACUGGCGAUGAGAGUGGAUUUGACUGAAGCACGAGUUCAAGUGUGGUUUCAGAACCGGAGGGCUAAGUGGCGAAAGCAAGAGAAGUCGACCGGUGCCGGCGGUAACGCAACUCAUGGCUACAAUCCGUACGGCGCGUCCGCACAGUCGGGCGGAACAGUCCUGCCGUCACAAGUUAUGGCCAACAAUAUGAACGCAAUGCACGGCUCGGGCGGCGGACACCACAGCUCGGCGUCGGCGGCGGCGCUGUCGGCGGUGGCCAACAAUCCGGGCGCUCUGUUUGGACCGCACGCGGCGUUGGCGGCCGCGUAUCGCAAGCCAAUGAUGGAUCAUCACCCGGGACUCAAGUCGGGCGCCUAUUUGCAAACUCCGGCGAUGUUUAGUCCCAAUUCAUUCAACUUCGCAAACGCGGCCGCCUUUCCAUUCCGUGAGUUGAGCGCCGCAUAUCCGCAGCUCUUUCCGGGCAAUCUGUCCAAUCCAUCCGCACAAGCGAUCUCUCCGUUCGCCAAUCCGUUCCUCUCGCCCUACGCUAACGCCUCCAACUCUUUCCAAAGUCUUCUCGCAUCCCUUUCCUCAUCUCAUAACAGGCCUAAGAUCGGAGACGAGGCCGGACUCCGGCCCUCUCCUCACUUAAUGGCUGUUCAGCAGAAUUGCAUCGACAGACAGACACCGCCGCAACGGGUGUCCAACAACUCGAGCCCUCCCAACGCCGACAAUGCGGUGCCGAGCGAUCGGCGCAACACAAGUAUAGCGGCUCUCCGUCUGAAAGCACGCGAACACGAGAUCGCAGUCUUGAGAAGCAAAGACCCCAACAGUUCCAGUAGUAGUGAAUCCUCUCUAAACAAUAGCACCGAUAAUAACAUUUAAUUACCAUUUAUUGCCUCAAAACAAAAACCUAUUCACAAUUUUUGUAGCUUUUGAUAGAAAUUGAACCAAAAAUUAUACUAUUAUAUAACAUAACAGUAAUAAAUAAUAUCCUAUUGA